UGAUAUUUAGCUUGUUGCUAAUGAUAUAGUAAGGAAUGAUGUCCUUCCUUGUUUUUUCGUCGGUUGUGUUUCUGCAGUAUACUAUUUACAGUUAAACUGAUAUUCGUCUACUAGAAUAAACCUUACCAGUAACACAAAAAGUGAGCCAAGAUGUGAUGAUACAAUUCAUCUAAGAGCUGAAGAGAAAGGCAACUGAAAUCAGAGUGUUGGGGGGGGGGACAUUUUGGUAUUAAAAAAACUUACCUGUGUGAAAGCUUGUGCAUUCCAACAGUUUGAGUGAAUUAUUGUAUAAAUUGUUGUGAGAAGUAGAUUACAAAGGAAGAAUGGAGGAAACAGGACUUUCAAAAAGAGAUUUCAGCCAGCUGUUGGUGGAUUUUUCAAGUUGGUAUGAUGGACUUGGAUACAUCAAUAUGCUAAAAGUUUUGUACAACAAUAGAGAUCACGUGCCAAUUUAUAAUAAUUUAAAUGAGGCUACUAAGGUGAUGCCCUUGCUAAGUAUGUUAAUUGGUUCUGGGAGUUUGAGUCUAACAGAUCUCACUAUCCUUUAUGACACAAUAAAAGUUACUGGACAAUUUGGCUUCAAAUCCAGAAUUGUACUUCCAACUUUACAAACAAUCAAGGAACAUGAAGUGUCUAAAUUCUCAUGGUACAGACAGUUCCUCUUGAAGCUAGGAAUGACACUAACUGAUAAUGAUAUAGUAGCGCUUGAUGUACGAUAUAACAUGCCAGUGUUAAAGAAUUAUAAAGAUAGCUGGCAUUUGAUUCUGGAUCUAGAGCAAAGGAAUGAGCUUUGUGAAGAAAAAAUUGAUGAUUUCAUUGAAGGAUUACCAAGUGACAAAGCUCUGAAAGCUUUACUGGAACUUGAAGUGUACAAGAGAGCAGUCAGUAAGAAAGAGGGUGAAACAUACACAUCUUACUACAACCGUUUGAAAGAGAAUAUUAGACAGUCAAACAUGCAUAUAAGAAAGGAUGUUAGUGGUGAUGGGAACUGUUUUUUAUACUGCAUCCAAGAUCAAUUUGAGAGACUGGGUUUACCAAAUCGAUCUAGUGCACAACUCAGGGCUGAUUUAGUGGACUACUUGCGACAUUUGGAUAAAGAAGAUCCAUUGAUCGCCCUUACAGAUGACAAAUAUCUAGAUGAAUUGAGUAAAGAUGGUACUUUUGUUGACGAGACAGCCAUAAGAGGGAUGUCACGAAUAUUAAAUUACAACUUCCAAAUAGUGACCAGUCAAAGAAAAAGCACAGAGCAGGGCUACUUGGUCACAACAAUUCAAGAAAGUUCAAACCCAGAUGGUGUAAUGUUAUUUGGUCAAAUUGGAGAGCUACACUAUAUAAGCUUAGGUGAUGGAGUUAGAUCAGAAGUAUCAGCAAGUCCAAUUUUAGAUAGGCCAAGUGUUAAGCAAGGUAAUGGAGAAGCAUCAACAUCAAAAAAACCAAAGUUAUACAAAGGUAAAUCAGGGAAAUCAAAACGACCAAGAAAAAGACGUAUAUGUGAUGAAGGCAAGUCAGGAAGAUCAGAACUGCCGAAAAAAUUGACGUUGGAUGAAGAUUUAAUUAUCAAAGAAUUUCUGACAAGAAAGCUGAAGCAAUUGUAUCAGGAUGUUAAUCAAAUGACACCAGCAAUCUGGCAUAGACAUCAUAGAGUAGAUAUUGCUGAAGUAUUCACACAACUCAUCUUACUGGAAUCCAACAGGAAAGACAAAGAAGAACCAGAUGAAUUCAAAUCAACAUGUAUAAGAAAGGAAGGUAGACCCACAUCUUUAACAGAGGUAUUAGGUAUCAUUAAAUCAAAAGAUUCAUGUAAGGUAUUAAUAACAGGAGGAGGAGGGAUGGGCAAGACUACACUUCUGAAAUAUAUUACUUAUAAAUGGGCUACUGAUGAUUUACAUGCCUUUGCUGGUAAAUUACUGUUUCUGAUCAAUAUUGGGGACAUUAAAACAAGUACAGAUAUCUUGGAAUUAAUUCUAAAAAACAUAGCUACAAAUGAAUUAAUUCUUCAGCACAACUUGCCGACUAACUCAGUUGAAAGAUUUCUGCUCGAUAAUGCUGAUGAUAUAGUUAUUUUGUUAGAUGGAUAUGAUGAGUUACACAAAGAUGCUAAGGACCCUAUAUAUCUGUUCAAAGGACGUGAAUUAGAAAAAAGCACUGUGGUGAUAACAUCCCGACCUGACUACACAAUUGAUUUGAUUAAAUGUUGUACUGUACAUAUUGAAGUGAAGGGGUUCAGUAGAAGAAACAUAAAGAAGUAUAUUCAUGAUCAUUUUCAUUCAAUCAACAAAUGUGAGUUGGGGGAAUUAUUAAUGAAGGAGUUCAAUCUUGUGUCACAGCGUGAACGUUACUGGGGUCGUAAUCAUAAAGAGGCAUUUGAAUUGUGCUCAUCCCCACUGUUAUUGCUUAUGAUUUGUACCAUAUGGGAACAAAAACAACAUCUUCCAAAUGACUUGUCAGAUCUUUUCAUCGAACUGAUUUGUUGCAUUUUAAGUCAAUAUAAACACAAGACGGAUGAUAAGAUUGCAAUUUUCCAAAUUGAGAGAGUUCCAGAGCAGUAUAGACUUGCUAUUCUACUAUUAGGAGAAUGUAUGUAUGAAGGCCUAAAGGGAAAUAAAUUGUCUAUUGACAAACAUGUUUUAUCAAAUAUGACAAAAAAUAUAGAUUCUGUAGAUUUAGCAUUGAAAAUUGGAUUUGUUUAUGAAAAUAGCCCUUUUAAUCCUGGUGAUGUAAGAGAGAUGUACACACCUCCACACAAGUUAAUUUCAGAGGCACUAGCAGGUUUUUAUUUGUCAAAUCAAAUUGAGGAAGAACAUUUGAAAUCUGAUGAAUAUGAGGUGAUAAGAUCUAAUGAAUAUUUAAAUAUGACAAGAGCAUUUACAAUAGGAUUUCUAGGUGCUAAAGCUGGUAAAUUGCUUAAACAUUGGUUAGUAAUCAGGGCUUCACAUUUUUGGUUAAUAGCACAAUGUUUCACACAUAUAAAGGAGGCAAAUGAAGAAGCUGUGCUACAGGAAUUGGAUAAAAACAUGUCCACUGAAAUGAAAUCAUACUGUAAGCAAAUGCUUGAGACAUACAGAAGUGCCCUUAAGGAUGAUAAAAGCAUAGUAAGUGAGCAUUUAUAUAAACUUAUGAGCAAAAUUUACACUAAGUAUGAGAGAAGAUCUGAAAAACUUGUGGAGAAAUUUAUAUCGCUGUUAGAUGCAUCUAGUGAAGAGACUUUCAGGACAUUAUGCAGAAGUUUUGUACAAAUCUUAGUUAUUGUAGAAAGCAUAAAUUACGGAAACUCCAAGUUAAGUAUAUAUGGAAACCGGUUAUUUGAAUAUUUAUCAAAUUGGAAAAGUGAAAACCUUAAUGUCCUUUCUGCUGAGAUGAAAUACCUCAACUUGAACUAUGGUUACACUACUGUCCAUUUAAACCAUGUAUUUAAUUCAUCAUUCUUGAUUCAUUUGCUGACAUAUUCAAAUAACCUCUCUUACUUACGUAUCACUUCGGGUGAGCUUACUGAGUCUGUACUCAGUGUAGUUAUCAUUGAGUUACACAAAACUAAUGUAAAGUUGAAGUUAACAGAACUUGAUAUUAUGGGCAAUGAUCUACAUAAUAUCGAUGGAACAUUACUAGGAAAACUAUUUGAAAUAGCUCCUGAAAUAAAUUACCUAAAUUUAAGCAGUUGUAGUUUAUCAGGUGAUAUUGUGAGGGCAAUAAUGGAGGAAUGUGGUAGGAUGAAUGUAGUAUUCUUCAACAAGUUUCUUCAACUGAAGGGCAAUGACCUUUCAGAUAUUGAUGGUAAGUCACUUGCAGAGUUAAUCAGGGCAUACACCUUACAUUUCAAAUGGAGUGAUCAUUCUCUUACAGCUGAUAACCUACAAAAUCUGAUUGAAUCAUUAAGUGUUGUAAAUAAAACAUUGACUUGGCAUUGGAUAGAAUUGAGUAAUAUUAACCUGUCUUCGAUCAGUGGUAAAACAUUAGCUUGCCUUGUUAAGUUCUCUCCAGACCUGAUCCAUAUUGACAUGAGUCAUUGCAGUUUAUCAGGCAGUAUUGUUAAUGAAAUGAUGGAGGAAUGUGGUAGGAUGAAUGUAGUAGUGAAAGACAACUUGCUUCAACUGGAGGGCAAUGACCUUUCAGAUAUUAAUGAUAAGUCACUUGCAGAGUUAAUCAGGGCAUACACCUUACAUUUCAAAUGGAGUGAUCAUUCUCUUACAGCUGAUAACCUACAAAAUCUGAUUGAAUCAAUAAGUAUUGUAAAUAAAACAUUGACUUGGCAUUGGAUAGAAUUGAGUAAUAUUAACCUGUCUUCGAUCAAUGGUAAAACAUUAGCUUGCCUUGUUAAGUUCUCUCCAGACCUGAUCCGUAUUGACAUGAGUCAUUGCAGUUUAUCAGGCAGUAUUGUUAAUGAAAUGAUGGAGGAAUGUGGUAGGAUGAAUGUAGUAUUGAAAGACAACUUGCUUCAACUGAAGGGCAAUGACCUUUCAGAUAUUAAUGGUAAGUCACUUGCAGAGUUAAUCAAAGCUUUUUUCCUUGAUUAUAAAGGUAUUUUCAAUUGGCUUGAUCAUUCUCUUACAGCUGAUAACCUACAAAAUCUGAUUGAAUCAGUAAGUGUUGUAAAUAAAACAUUGACUUGGCGUGAGAUAGAAUUGAGUAAUAUUAACCUGUCUUCGAUCAGCGGUAAAACAUUAGCUUGCCUUGUUAAGAUCUCUCCAGACCUGAUCUAUUUUGACAUGAGUCAUUGCAGUUUAUCAGGCAGUAUUGUUAAGGAAAUGAUGGAGGAAUGUGGUAGGAUGAAUGUAGUAUUGAAAGACAACUUGCUUCGACUGGAGGGCAAUGACCUUUCAGAUAUUGAUGGUAAGUCACUUGCAGAGUUAAUCAAAGCUUUUUUCCUUGAUUAUAAAGGUAUUAUCAAUUGGCUUGAUCAUUCUCUUACAGCUGAUAACCUACAAAAUCUGAUUGAAUCAGUAAGUGUUGUAAAUAAAACAUUGACUUGGCAUGAGAUAGAAUUGAGUAAUAUUAACCUGUCUUCGAUCAGUGGUAAAACAUUAGCUUGCCUUGUUAAGAUCUCUCCAGACCUGAUCCAUAUUGACAUGAGUCAUUGCAGUUUAUCAGGCAGUAUUGUUAAGGAAAUGAUGGAGGAAUGUGGUAGGAUGAAUGUAGUAUUGAAAGACAACUUGCUUCGACUGGAGGGCAAUGACCUUUCAGAUAUUGAUGGUAAGUCACUUGCAGAGUUAAUCAGGGCAUACAUGGUACCUUUUUCCUCUUAUUCUGUAGUUCAUUUCAAUUGGCAUAUUCAUUUUAUUACACCUGAUAACCUACAAGAUCUGAUUGAAUCAGUACGUGUUGUAAAUAAAACAUUGACUUGGCAUUGGAUAGAUUUGAGUAAUAUUAAACUGUCUUCGAUCAGUGGUAAGACAUUAGCUUGCCUUAUUAAGAUCUCUCCAGACCUGAUCCAUAUUCACACGAGUCAUUGCAGUUUAUCAGGCAGUAUUAAUAAAAUGAUGGAGGAAUGUGGUAGGAUGAAUGUAGUAUUGAAAGACAACUUGCUUCAACUGGAGGGCAAUGACCUUUCAGAUAUUGAUGGUUUGUCACUUGUUGGGGUUUUACCACCCUAAUUAUGAUGGUGGUGAUGAUGAUGCUGAUGAAACUUUCAGUUGGAGUAAUUAUUUGAUAACCUUGAAAAGCUGGUUGAUGCAGUAGGUGAAAAUAUGACAUUCAAUUGGCAAGGAUAGAUUUGAGUGAUAUUAACGCAUCUUCAAUUUGUGGUAAUACAUUAGCUUGCCCUGUUAAAAUCUCUCCAGACUUGAUCUAUAUUCAAUUCAAUUCAACAAAACAUUUAUUUUCUUCCAAAGACACUUAAAAAUACAAAAUUACAAAUACAAAAUACAAAAAUUGGAAGAAGGCCAGGUCCCGAGAAGUUGUUUGCAAAAACAAACAUCUUGUGAUGGGCAGGCCUGAAAAAAGAUAAAAAAAUAAAUAAUAAAUUAAAUAAAUAAAUAAA